GGACAGAUCAUGCAGGGAGCAGUACGCCUGACCGACUGAGCCCCAUACCCCGCAUAUGCCAGAUCACUGAAGGAUAAAUAAUCCACCCCAUUCGCCAUGACACGUCCCAAGCCACGAUGUCUCCGGUUAAGCCCAUUCUGUCCGAGCCCCAAUCUCCUCCCCAGACACCGGCACCAAGAACGAACUGCUGGCGAUCUUACCAUCGGCCUCUCGCGCCCCCUUCACCGGCUCGCUGUCUACUGUGACAAAACUGCUAUUGCCCCAGUUUGCACUUCCAUCCCAGGAGUUGCCCUUGGAAACCUGCCCGUCACUAAAUGACGUCGGCUUCUCCCCAUUGACAGCCGCAACGUUCUCAGUCAGUGUAGCCACAGCCGUCCCAAAUUUAAAUCCGACCUUGGCAUUAUUCCACGCGGUGUUGCGGGUCAGCUUGAAAUCUCCGGGCUGUGAAU